AUGGCGUCCCUCAAGACCUUUCGAGAAGAAUUGGUCAAGCAGAAGAGAAAUGGCGUCCCUCAAGGUGAGUUUGAUUGUCGGAUGCUGCAAUUGUCAAUCAUGUUUACAAAAGCGGUCGCUCAUAUCUUGACAUGUUUGUAUUCACCCAACAGUACACCGUCGUCACCGCAUGACUCCUUCAAACCUAUCAAGACCUUUCAAGAAGAAUUGGUCAAGCAGAAGAGAAAUGGCGUCCCUCAAGUACAGACUUAUCAAUCCAUCUCUGGGGAGAAUCCAUCUAGCAGAAGAGAAAUGGUGUCGCUUGAGACUCGUCAAGCCAUCUCUGAGAACAAUCCAUCCAGCAGAAGUGAAAUGGCGUUGCUCAACAAGACUUAUCAAAUCAACCGAACAGAAGAGAAAUGGAGUAUGUCAAGACUUAGUAUCAAGCCAUCUCUGAAGAGAAUCGAUCCAGAAGAAAAGAAAUGGUGUCCCUCAAGACUCAUCAAGCCAUCUCUGAGAAGACUCCAUCCAGCAGAAGAGAAAUGGCAUCGCUCCAGGUAA